GCCAUUUUUCGCGAACCCAGCGAAGUGGAAACAACAAUUCCACUGCACAGCACCGAUAGCCCAACCACCAGUCUCUCUCACCUCAGGAGCAGCACCCUCUCUUCAAGCAGCCAUCCACCAGGUGGCUGCUCGAACGCCCACACUCAGCGGCAUCGUAACGUAGGGCGCAGUACGCUGCAGUGCGGUGCAGCGGAUCAACCCAAGCCCAGUGUGGAAACUCCACUCACUCUUGGUACAACAGCACAUUGUUGCAUUACUGACUACUUAGCUCUUGUUUUUCAGAGGGCAAAGGUGUCGCCUGGUCAGAGGUCCCCCACCAACUCACGAACAGCAUUGAGGAAACCGAGGUUCCUCGAGCCGCGUCUUCCCAUGGACCGCGCUCGCAUGGCCCCGCUCUUCCUCCUCCUCCUGCUGCCGCUCGCAGCAGCCGCCCCCUCCGCGCCCCCGGCGGGGAAGUCUCCCCCCGUAGGCGCAAAAGCCCCCGCGCCUGCGCCGCCGGGGGUGGCAACUCCGCCGAAGACCAACCCCGCGUGCCCGCUGACGGGGAAGCCGCCGACGAAGCCGGUGAUUCCGCACUCGCGGUGCGUGGAGGCGCAGAAGCUCUCGUGCUGCGAGGACUGCGCGGAUCUUACGUUCCCGAUACAAGCGCUCGCGAUAAAUGUGACUGCUGCCGUGGAGCCAGCGACGGGGGGAGCACUUGAUCCGGCGACUAUCCCGCCAAAUGUGUGCGCGCUGUUCCAGGGCCACGAGGAGUGCGAGCAGCUCGUCGAACAGCUCGUGUGCGCCGUAACGUGUAACCCGGAUUCCGGGUAUUAUUUCAUCGAUACGCCCACCGGCCCCUACAUGCAAGUGUGCACGAAAUUCGCACAGCAGCUUUACGACAAGUGCUCCAAACUUUCGAUUGGUAGUUUGGCACUCAGCGAUAUCAUUUACGUCCCGGAGGAUCUUAUCAAGGGCGCAAUCGUCCCCCUUAUAGCACAGGCCGUUCCAGGCUUCACUGCUGGAGUCGGAGACGUGGGUUGUUACGGUGGGCCCCAGGUUGUCCCCGCCACGCCUCUCUGCUGCGAUCCCCUCACCAUCCCCCAAACCUGCCCCACUGGUUCGGUUAACACCACCGGAGCAGAGAAGAUCCCGGGCCGGAAGCCGGACCAGAAAAUUUGUGCCAAGUACCCGUACAAGACGGGGACCACGCCCUUCGCCCGCCCCCCGCUUCCCGCAACCGCCUUUGACAAGCCUUCGCUCCCCGUAGCUCCGUCCUCCGCACCUGCGCCAGGCUCGGCAAUGGCACCUGCGCCAGGCUCGGCAAUGGCUCCAUCGCCUGGUGGUACGGUUGACGGGGCUACCCCCUCCCCCUCCUCCCCUGCUGCACCCAGUCCUGCAUCCCCGUCCUCCCCCUCCUCCCCAACCACCUCCCCCUCUUCCCCAACCACCCCCCCCUCUUCCCCCACCGCCUCCCCCCUUCCCCACCCCCCUCUCCUCCGCCCCCGAAGGGCACUGGGAGUGUGGGUGCAUCCGUGGCAGUAUCUCUUGUCUCCGUAGCGCUUGCUGCCCUGCUGUAAUCGGGGUUUGGGUCGGCUCAAAAACCUCCUCUGCCCGGGGCCCCUCUCCUCCGCCCUGCAAGGGCACUGGGUGUGGCCUAUUUUUGAGGCGCCUCAAUAAUAGACUCUCCCUCUGCCCGGGGCCCCUCUCCUCCGCCCUGCAAGGGCGCUGGGUGUGUGGGUGCAUCCGUAGCCGUAUCUCUUGUCGCCGCUGCCGCGCUUGCUGCCCUGCUGUGAUUUGACAGGAAGUGGCGAUCUUGUAAUGAAGUGAUGGCCAUGGCCCGGUUUUGUUUGGCCUGGUAACAAAGCGAUGAGAGUAUAUUUAUGGUAGGACCUGACUGCCUGAAAUCCACUGAAAUUGACUUGAAUCUGACUGUUCAUAGCCCCAUUAGGUGUGCUUUGGUGACAAAGUGGCUUAUGCCUAAUAUUAGAUGAGGUUAGGAACUUGAAUUUGGCCGUUUGUGUUAGAAGGCUAGCUUAGCUAGGACGCUAGGAAAGGCAUGAGGUUUAGCUAGGAGGAGCCAUGGAGUG